CACACUGUUGAGCCUGUUGGACUUGGAAGCCACCUUUAUUUUUUUAGGAAAGCCUUGUUGUGUUUUGAUGAUGAUGAUGGUGGUGAUGGUGAUGAUGAUGAUUUAACCGAAUCCUGGAGCAGUGGCCAACUCUCUUGUCUAGAGAUCUACGGUUUGCCAUGGGAUUGAAGAUUUCCUAGCCUGGCGGUGAGGAGCAUUCCUCCAGUUGUUGUUAUUAUUAUUAUUAUUUUCCUUCUCUUGUUCAUUUGCACCUUAAAGGAUAACAUUUAUGAGAUGGAAAAUCGGGGACUGUUCAGCGCCCUGGCUUACUUGAUGCUUCAUGCUCCCUUGCUGCUCAUAGUCCAGGCUACAUUUACCGAAGUUCCUAAGGAUGUGACGGUUAGGGAGGGAGAUGAUAUUGAGAUGCCUUGUGCUUUCCGGGCCAGUGGAUCUGCCUCUUACUCCUUGGAAAUCCAAUGGUGGUACCUUAAGGAACCAGCACGAGAGCUCCCACACGAGUUAGCCGUCAGUGGUCCUGGCAGCAGAAGUAAGGCAACCAAUAAGGAUGCAACUAAGAUCAGCACGGUGCGCGUCCAGGGCAAUGACAUUUCACACCGGCUGCGGCUGUCAGGGGUCCGGCGGCAGGACGAAGGCAUCUACGAGUGCCGGGUGUCGGACUACGGCGACGAAGACACCCAGGAGCAUAAAGCCCAGGCGGCCUUGCGGGUCCUGGCGCGCUUCUCGCCUCCCGACGUGCAAGCGGCCGAAGCCGUCUCGCACAUCCAGAGCAGCGGCCCGCGGAGAAGCAGCCCGCCCGGGCGAGCCACGGCCGAGCCGGGCUUGGGAGACAAGCGCCUCCUACCGGCGCAGGGCGAAACUGCCGCUGCGGCCGCGGCUUCCUCUUCCCUCUCUUCCUCGUCUUCCUCCUCCUCUUCUUCUUCUUCUUCUUCUUCCUCGGCGUCUUCGGAGUCCGCCGCCGCCUCUUCCUCCUCUUCCAGCCCCGCGACUGUGGCGGCGGCGGCGGCGGCGGCAGCAGCCUCGUCGGCCUCGCCUCGGCCGGCCUCCGCGAUCGUCCUACUGCAGCAGCGAGGAUCAGGUACAGAACCUAUUUAUGCCACUCACACAUUCUUCUGUACGCUCCUCUUCAUGCUGCAUAAGCUUGUACACUUGUUAUUAAACCACUGAUGGACUUCUUUAUCCAAUAACCCUCAGCCAAAUGGAUGAGACCACGACGAGAACAAAAUGAACAAGGCAACAACCCUCAACAAGAACUACAGUCUUAAAAGAUGGACAGAGAAAGACUGGAAAGGAAGCAUGACACAUCCCACAGGGGAAGGGAAAAGCAUAUUUUUGGGGACAUUACAUGAAAGGCUUGUCACCUGACAUGAUAAAUUUAGUUUUAAGAUCCUGUGGCAUCAAUGCCCUA